GCAGAAAGAAGGAAGUGAUCGCGGAGGUGACGACGCGGUCGAUGUGUUCUCUCACAUGCUAGCUGGCAGAAACAUCUAGUUUUGUGUGCUGUCGAGAACCUUUGGUGUGUAACAUACGGUAUGGACGGCCCUCCCAGGCGGCCGCCGGUUCUACGGCAGCGAAGCGACAGUCAAGGCCGAGCCCUCUCCCCGGCCGACUCCGUGACGAGCCUCGGGGGUACGCGAGCCCCGCUCCUGUCCGUCAUGUUCCACCACAUUCGGCGAGACCACCAAGACUCCCUGACCAAGGAGGACCUCCGGAGGCUGCUUGACGUUGACAUGGACAACGAACAACUCGACGAAGCCUUCGAGAACUUGGACGUGGACGGAGACGGACGCGUCUCUCAGGACGAGUUCCUCGGAGGGUUCGCCCGCUUUCUCCUCGAGGCGCCGACGACUCCAGGGAAAGACAGGAACUCGCUGCUGCUGGGCAUUGGUCAAGAGCAGGGCGGCCAGCGGGGCAGGGGAGGAGGGAGGAAGAGAGGAAGCGUGAGACGAAGAUUGGUUGACGAGGAGUGUUACGAGUCCACGGCGGGCACGCACGCCAUGAACGGCGCGGAGCGGCCGAGCGAGAACGGAGAACCAGCUGUGAAGCCCUCUGAAACCUUUGCCGGUUCCCUGAGCACGCUAUCUUCUCACAACAAGCACAGUAUUGUCACCUUGUGGCGGAGUCUGGCCGGCACAAACCCCGAGCUCCUGGUGGAUUUUGAAGAAUUUGUCGGUGAAGUGGCCGAAGAGGUGGAGCAUGCCCAGAGAGCCCUGGAGAACCAGAGAAAGGCCACCAAGCAAGAGGCUCUGGAGUUGGACCAGGAGAUGGAGAGUCGACUAAAUGCCGCCAACACACACCUUCAGAUACAGGUAUAGGUGACCAUGCUCUCCCCAUGCUGUGGGCAGUGCUGUCUCUAUGGUACCUACAACUAAGGCCUCAAUGUUGACUAUACCACAUGGCCCUAGGCUUCCCUGGUGUUUGGUGUAGCCGUAUUCUUGAGCAUGGCUGUGUGUUAGUAUGGUAGAAUGACAUGUGUCUUUGUGUGCAGACGGCGCUAACAGAGGUAAAGACCAAACUGAAGCUGGAGCAAAGACUGGGAGACAGGGAGAAAGAACUCACUGCUGUCAAACAGAAACUUCAAGAGCUGGAGAGUGAGGUGCAGGCCGGUCAGCAUGCACACACACAGUUGGAGGAGCAGUUUGAGGUUCUGUCUCAGGAGAAGGCAUAUCUCCAGUCGCGACUGGAGGCAAGGGAGGCAGUUCUGAUGAAGAAACACGAAGAGAUGGAACAACUAAACAAACAGGCCUCAGAGAAUGUCAGCAUGCACUCCAGUCAUUUUGAAGAUACUCAGGUGGAGCUACAGGAGAUCAAGAGAGAGUAUGAGAGAGAAAUCUCUGAGCUAAAGGAGAAGAUCCUGGAGUAUGAGAUCACCAGUGACGACGAUGAGAUGAGUCUCCUGUCGGGCCAGACGCCAGACCUCCUCUCCACCAUGUCUUCCCGACACAGACACACAUCACGACACUCUCUCCUCGACGAGAUCGUUAAACAGGAAGGACUGGAGAGUUCCAUACUGAGAGGGGAGCCACUGAUGCCAGACCUCAGUGACAGACCACUGGAGGGACCUCUGUGGAGAGCAAACAGUCUCCCAAACCUGUUCCGGACCAGACAGCACCUCACCGCGUCCCCCGUCAACUACCACCACGCCACGCCCUCGCACAGCCACACCACCGCGGCUGACCGCAGACAGACACAGCCUGCAGUGUCUGAGGACAACCCAGCUGUCUCCCAGCCCACUGCUACAGACAGAGAGGAGGAGAAAGAGCAGGGAGAUCAUGUGACACAGGCACCGGGUCAUGUGACCAGUGACGGCCAGUCUUCAAUUGCGACAUUGGACUCUCCGUAUCCCAUGGCAACACUGGACUCUCCGUUUUCUAGAGCCCGUAGUCUCACAGUUUCAGGUGGGGGGAGGCCAAAAUUUCGACCCCGCAAGCCCAAGAAGUCUCCCUCUGGUCAAUCGUCAGGCACCGACCUAAGUCAUGUGACAUCACAUGAUAGUCACGUGACAGGUGGACAUGAUGAAGUUCCUAGUGCAGUAUCUGACACGAGGCCAGAGAGGAGAGGAGAGGAGGAGGAGGAGGAGGAGGAAGACAAAGACACUGGUGCUGGAGGGCAAAAGGACGAGGAGUACAUCAUGAAGUGCCAGGUAGGGCUGCGCCAGACCGAGGGAUAUCCGGAGUAAAAUACACUUCCGUUCGACGUACAUACGUAACUUCCGCAUUGUUGACGUAUACAGUGACUCUCGUUACGUCCUUCAUCUUGCGCUCCUAUUACUGCGCGGUCCCACGCUAGUGCUAGCUGUUAGAGCUGGAGAUGGAGGUAGAGACGGAGCAAGUGAAGGAGUCUAACACGCCGUCCCCGCCGUCUCUGCCCGCUGAAGACCAGGGAACGAACGAGGUCGACGCAAACGCGCCUCCUGUAGCGACCUCGGGCAUCAAGCAGCGCAGCGUGGAGCGUGGCUCCCCUAACUCUUCUGUCAAACGGAACGGCUCCCUGCGGCGAGACGGCAUCAGCAGGAAGGGCUCCCUCAGACGUGACCAGAGGACGGGAGAGAAACGACGGAGCCGCACGGGAAGCCUAGGCAGCCUGGUUGGCUACGAGGCCAAGUACCCUGUAAGUC